GUGCCACAUCAGGAAAGCUUGAAGACUGUCCAUUUUUAAGUGGCGGGAGACCCUCUCAUCUAGAACCACAGAAGCAACUGUGCUUUCAGGAUGAUUUCGUUCAGGCAAGCAGCUUAUUUCAUUUGUUUGUUUGCUACAGUUUCCUGUGAGUGCCUGACUCAACUGUACAAAGAUACCUUCUUCAAAGGUGGGGAUGUAACUUCCAUGUACACCCCAAAUGCACAGCACUGUCAGAUGAUGUGCACGUUCCACCCGAGGUGUUUGCUAUUCAGUUUUCUUCCUGCAAGUUCAACAACUGACACAGGCAAAAGGUUUGGCUGCUUCUUGAAAGACAGUGUUACAGGAUCCCUGCCACGGGUGGCACGGACAAGGGCGAUUUCUGGGCAUUCCCUAAAGCAAUGUGGUCAUCGAAUAAGUGCUUGCCACAGAGACAUUUAUGAAGGAAUUGAUAUGAGAGGAGUCAAUUUUAAUGUAUCUAAUGUUACAAGUGUUGAAGAAUGCCAAAAAAAGUGCACCAAUGACAUUCACUGCAAAUUUUUCACAUAUGCCACGCAAACAUUUCACAAUGCAGCACACCGGAACAGCUGUUUAUUAAAGCAUAGUCCAACAGGAACACCGACCAGUAUAAAGGUGCUGGCAAAUGUGGUAUCUGGAUUCUCACUGAAGCCCUGUGCUCUCUCAGAAAUUGGUUGCCACAUGAAUAUAUUCCAACACCUCGCAUUUUCGGAUGUGGAUGUUGCCAGAGUCAUCACUCCGGAUGCUUUCGUAUGUCGAACCAUUUGUACCUAUCACGCCAACUGCCUCUUCUUUACAUUCUAUACUAAUGCCUGGAAUACAGAAUCACAAAGAAAUAUUUGUUUACUUAAGACUUCCAAAAGUGGGACACCGAGUUCCCCGACUCCUCAGGAAAACACUUUAUCUGGAUAUAGCCUUUUAACCUGCAAACGAACUUUUCCUGAGCCCUGCCAUUCCAAAAUUUAUGCAGGAGUUGAUUUUGGAGGAGAAGAACUGAAUGUGACCUUCGUUGGAGGAGUUAAUGAUUGCCAAGAGACUUGUACGAAGAUGGUUCGCUGUCAGUUUUUCACCUAUUCUUCACUCCCAGAAGACUGUAGAGGAGAGAAAUGUAAGUGCUCCUUACGAUUAUCGUUGGAUGGUUCCCCGACUGGAAUUACACAUGGGAAACAAGCGAGGUCUGGUUAUUCUUUGAGGUUGUGUAAAAGUGGGGACAGCUCUGUCUGUACAAAAACAACUGCACGCAUUGUUGGAGGAACCAACUCUUCUUGGGGAGAGUGGCCCUGGCAGGUCAGCCUGCAAGUGAAGCUGACAGCCCAGACCCAUGUGUGUGGAGGGUCAAUCAUUGGACAACAGUGGGUCCUAACUGCUGCCCAUUGCUUUGAUGAGCUUCCCUUUUCGGAUAUUUGGCGCAUUUAUGCUGGCAUUUUAAAUUUGUCAGAGAUAACAAAAGAAACACCUUUCUCACAAAUAAAAGAGAUUAUUAUUCACCAAAAUUAUAAUAUCUCAGAAACUGCUCAUGAUAUUGCCUUAAUAAAGCUUGAGGCUCCUUUGAAUUAUACUGAAUUCCAAAAACCAAUAUGUCUCCCUUCCAAAGAUGAUACAAAUGCAAUUUAUACUAACUGUUGGGUAACUGGAUGGGGCUACACAAAGGAAAGAGGUGAAAUCCAAAAUACCUUACAAAAGGCAAAUAUUCCUUUGGUAACUAAUGAAGAAUGCCAGAAAAGAUACAGAGGUUAUGAAAUAACCAAACAGAUGAUCUGUGCUGGCUAUAAGGAAGGGGGAAAAGAUGCUUGUAAGGGAGAUUCAGGUGGUCCUUUAGUUUGUAAGUACAACGGAAUAUGGCAUUUGGUGGGCAUCACCAGCUGGGGCGAAGGCUGUGGCCGCAGGGGACAACCAGGUGUCUACAGCAAAGUUGCUGAGUACAUAGACUGGAUUUUAGAGAAAAUACAGAAAGGUGGUGGACCUCUGAUGAAGUCACCAGCAUGAAGAAGCUUUAUAAAGGUGGGGAAGAACCCAGUGUGUAGCAUAAGUUUUGCAAUUUGGGUUCAAUUCAAAUACUGAGCCUUGAGGUUCUUAUCUGCAAAAACGUGGAAAGUGAUAUUUACCUGUGUCUUUGUCAUACGGAUACAAAGAGACAAUGCAUACAGAGCUGCUGGGGGCAAUGUCUUACAGAGGUAUGCUUUCAGCAUUCAGUAAUAGCAAUAAUAAUGGGAGAUAAUAUCUGAACAGCUCUACAAUUGUUUGUUGUGAAAUAAAAUGAGUGUGAUUCAAGAGUGA